AUGUCGUUAAAAAUUCUUGUGCUUCUUGUCGUCUUUAUUGUGAUCCUUGCAAAAAACAAAGACAAAGAAAGAGAACAAAGAUUCGAAAAUUAUGAUUCUUAUCAAAAAAGCGAAAAUCGUGACGAACGGGGUUUUAUAGAUUAUGAAGAAAGUUCCUACGAUGACAGUGAACAUUUAUUUGAAGAGGAUGAUGACGAUGAUAAUUUCUUUGAUGACUAUUGCAAAAUUUUUCAUGAAGAGAAUAAAAGAGUUGCGGAAAAUGGCACACAUAACAGUUGCAACAUGUAUUUAAACUAUUUAAACUAUUAUGAACAUUUUUGUAGCAAGCGUGAUUAA